UCCUUUGUGUUGGGCAUUUGACUGUCUCAGCUCCUGGUUGUCUGGCUGAUUUAGUGUCUGACUGACUGACUGACUGGUUAGUUUAUUUGGUGAAUGACUGACUGACUGACUGACUGUAUGGCUGGAUGAUUGGACAGCAAGUGGUUGACGGAUGGUGAGGCUUUUCCUAUAGGGCCAAGAACUAGAAUCUGGUGGUUAUAGAGGGAUAUUUCAUGAAUGAUAAUGUGAUUGGUUAAACUAACUAGGAGUUUAAAAUAGGUUUUGAAGUGAUGCUACUGUAAAUUGAUCAAAUUAGUAUCCUUUAAAAAACCAUUAGCUUCUCUGCACCCUCAUUGUUUAAAAUCUUUUGUUGAGGUUAAUUUUAUAAUGCAAGUUAUAUAAUCACGUUCUUUUGGCAUCCAACUACAUUAUGGGCCACAGUGAGAGGAUAGUGACAAUUCAAAUUGGGAGGGUUUGGACUGCCUUAUACUGUAUUAGAUAACCAUGAAUGAGGACCAUGUUAGGAUAAUCUAUAAUCUGGUUAGGAUUUUGUUUAUAGCUUCUUGUUUUGUAAACAGAGGAAAACCAUGCAGUUGUGGUGGUUUUGCCUUUUCUUAGUUAAUUAUUUGUUACAGAAUUCCGAUAGCUUUGCCAUUUUUAGGAAACUUUAUGAGUUCUUUUAUAUAUCUUUUUUCUUUGUACAUCAUUAGUGUUGUCUACACUGUUUCAUCUCUACUUAUUUUGCUCCAUAUAAAACUACUUUCCUUAUUACGCCGUGUGUCUACGCGGCUAGGUUUCUGCAUGUACCCUGCAGAAGUACAUGACCUUGUACAGUAUUUAGCUGUGGUAUAAUACAACUGCACUCUCAUACUACCCAGCAUAAGAUGGUGUGUUAGGUGGCAUUGUUUUAUGAAAAUUAAGUGAUUGACUGCUGAUUAUGAUGUAUUUGGUCAGUAUUUAGUAUUUGAUAGAGAGAGUAAAGAUUUACAGUAACUGUACCAUAAAGUACUGUAUUGAUACACCACUAAACUGCAGCUUCUGAUACUUCAUAUGACAUGUAGAUAAGCUUUGUAUUUACAUGUACAUGUUUGAAUCUCCUUGAUAUUCUUAAUUAAGCUGCACUGGUAGAUAUAUAUUUUGGCUUUGCAAAAAUAUAUUUUGGUUUGGUCUGGUUUCAAAUUUGUUAGUGACAUUGUCCCUGGUAUCAAAAACACACUUUGGCAUAUUAACUUGAAACUUUCAAGGCUUUUGUAUGUUGAUAUCUUAAAGAUGACCACUGUUAUUUAGCCAUUUAGUAGUUUAAUGCCAGAUUAUAGAACCAUUUAAAAAAAAAUUCAGCAAUAACUAGUAAAUAAUUAAGAUAGCUCCACUAAAAUUUCUAAACUUGCCCGUAUGCCUACGAAUACUCUCAGCAGUAAGUGAUACUGUACUAGAAAGUUUUACAAAACAGUCAGUUAAAUGAUUUUUUGAAUGUAUUGUAAGAAUAGUUAUGUAUUUUGUUCAAGUUCAGAUAUUGCAUUUCUUAAAACCAAUCCAAACUGCAGGAUUAAAAGUCUAUUCAUGCAAAAAACAAAGGCAGACUGUUGCAGAAAGAGUGGGCUCCUGCAAUCCGUUUGCAUUUGCUGCCAUAGCAGGCCUUAUGUGUCCUCUUCAUGACACAAUUUUGCUGUCUUAAUUAAUGGGGGGUUGGAACACUACCUGAGACGUAGAUGAGCUGGUAUGGUCAUCGGCAAAGUCAAGAGCUGGUGGGUUGUUUGGUCAAGUGUCCACAUUCAUUCCCUCAGACUUCUCUUAAAACUAAGGAAAAGGACCCUCUUGAACAAGGGCCAUGACUUGCAUCCACUUACAGCGGAAUGUUUGAACAUACAGAUCUCUGCCCGAGAGGAAUUCUUUUUAAAAUUAUAGAAUGGUAGAGACAAUAGAUGUGUCUGUCUGCAUCUAAGAAUACCACAGAACACCCCAUAAAAAUGCAAGUAGCAGAAUAAUUCUCUGGACUGGGAGACUGAUCCAUUGAAACCCAACCAGCAGAGAUAUGAGUAAUGAAUCUCCAUAUUGCAUCAAAACUGGAGCACCAUAAUAAUUCCCCUCCAUAGUGAGCUGUUUGUUUACUAUUUUACUGCUAUUUAGCAAUCACUGCAACAAGCCAAACUCAUGAUUGAGUCAGCUCGGUGAACAAUAAUUGAAAUGUGAACACUCGACUCCUUGGCAACAAAUCAUCUUUGCAACCAAGUUUCCAAGUACUGUCUGUGACGGCCAGGCUAAGGGAAGACUCAAGAAUAAGUCAACUCUGAGGAGGAGUGGAACAUCCUUAGAGAAGAUAACUCUGGUAAACCAUCAACCUGACAGCCCCAAGGAAGAUAUUCCUGAACUAGAGCUGAGCCGAGCCUAGACCAGGAGGCCUGGUCGACGACCGGGCCGCGGGGACACUAAGCCCCGGAAGCACCUCAAGGAGGUGGCCAGUAUAAUGAGUGACAUACCAUGUGAAAUGGACACAUUCACAUGGUAUGUCAUGCAUUAUACAUUCAUGUCACUUCAUACACAUUAAUUUUUACAUGUAAAAAUUCAUACAUCCAUAAACAGGUAUGUGCACUAUGGUGUAUGCUGCUCACAUUGUGUAGGAUAUUUGCAUAUUCUAAAAUAAUUUUAAGGUACAGUACCAAGAUGUAACACAUUCUAUAUGGGGAUUUAAUGCAUGACUGCCUGUUAUUUGAUUGUAUGUUAAGCUUCAGAGGUUUGCUCUACUCUUGAGGCAGUGUUGACUCUACACUCGGACUCAUGCAGCCUUCAUUAUGUGGUGGAGUGUGUCACACUACAUGUUAUCCUCAUGUGGAGGAGUGUCGCACUACAUGUUAUCCUCAUGUGGAGAAGUGUGUCACACUACAUGUUAUCCUCAUGUGGUGUAGUGUGCGUCACUAACAUGUUAUCUUCACGUGGUGGAGUGUGUCAUACAUGCUAUCCUCAUGCAGCCUUCAUCAUAUGGUGGAGUGUGUCACACUACAUGUUAUCCUCAUGUGGUGAAGUGUGACACACUACCAUGUUAUCCUCAUGUGGUGGAGUGUAUCACACUACAUGUUAUCCUCAUGUGGUGGAGUGUCACACUACCAAGUUUUCCUCACGUAGCCAUCACAAUGUGGUGGAGUUUGGCAAAGAUAUUAUUUGCUUCUAAACUGGAUUAAAUGUUCUAUAAUUUAUAAAGGGAAAGGACAGAAAUAAAAAGCACUCAUACUAUUUCAUAAUAUUCCAGCCCAUCCUCCUAACAUGAGAGUAAUUAUAGCAAGUACAGUAUUUGUCCAAAGUACCAAUAUGUAGCCUUUGACCACCGAAAGUUCACAUUCUGUAUUAUUGAAUCAGCCCAAAUGGCAUUCUCUUAAAUAUUCAAUGAAACUAAAGAACCUAACCUGACAAUCCUAACAAUCCUAGGCCUAUACUAGGCCAAAUAAUGUUAAGUUUUUUUUUUAGAUUUAUUCUGUGGCUAUAUAAAAUUAAAAGUACAAAAUGUGAACUUUUGGUGGUCCAACACUACAUAUUGGUAAGUUAAGACAAAUACUUGUGAUAAGUUCUAUAAUUUUAGGAGAAUCGGCUGUAAUAUUCAUGUCAGAGUAUGCCUGUCAGUUAUGAUUUUUUAGUAAUAAUCCGUGAUGUAUCAUGAGAUCUCAUCUGGAUGCUGUAAGCCUACACUUUCCUUACUGGCCUCACCACCACCUCUUUAUCAGGGCUUAGCUUGUCUUGCUAUUUCACUGCAUUUUGUAAUAUACUCCACAGGUAGAUGUAUUAUCCAUUUUCUAUGUUGUUUUUCAUAAUAUUCCUUUUUAUGUCUUCAUGACUGCAUCAUGCACCUAUUUCCCGAUCUCACUGUGUGCAUGUGAGGUGCUGCACGAGCCAGACCUGGCUCACAUAUAAGGCUUCUCCCCUCUCCCGAAAGGAAUCCUACAAAGAUCAACGGCGGAAAUACAGACGAGAGAAAAAGAGAGUGGCGAGAGAACUACUGAGUACGCUGAAGGACCCAGCGGUGGUGGUCCUGGCUGACUGGCUGAAGGUGCGCGGGUCACUCAAGGGCUGGACAAAAUUGUGGUGUGUCCUCAAGCCUGGGAUGCUUCUCCUCUAUAAAAAUGCUAAAGUUAAGCCACUGGGUGGGCACCGUAUUGCUCAAUACCUGUGAACUGAUUGAGCGGCCGUCGAAAAAGGAUGGAUUCUGUUUCAAGCUGUUCCAUCCACUUGAACAGUCAAUCUGGGCUACAAAGGGACCUGAAGGGGAAACAAUGGGGGCAGUUGUACAACCACUUCCCUCAUCGCACCUCAUCUUCAGAGCUCCAUCCCAGGCAGCAGGGAAGUGCUGGAUGGAUGCCUUGGAGCUGGCUGUCCGCUGCUCCUCAAUUCUUAUCCGAUCCAUGACAUCUUCAAAUAAGAGCGAUGCCAACAAUUCUAUUAACUCGUCAACUCUUGCAGCUGAUAAAUGGAACGAGUCUGAUUAUGAAAAGCACUUUAAGGACCAAGACCUGGACGAUGCAAGCCACACAGAUGAGAAUGAAUACCACCGUGAGUCUGGACACUUCUCUGGAGCAGAGGCAAUGUCUGGGACAGAGUCAGAGUCUGAGGAUGGUUCACACAAAGGAGAUGAAGAUAGGAGAGAUGGGGACGAUGAAGACCUAAAAGAUGACCUCACUCCCAUUGAAUCAGCAUAUGUGGCUUCUAAAGAAGGAGAAAUGGGUGAGGCUGGGGAACAGGUUGAAGAAUUAGAAGAAGAGAACAAGUCUCUGAUUUGGUUCCUAUUAAAGCAAGUUCGGCCAGGGAUGGACUUGUCUAAAGUGGUGCUGCCAACGUUUAUUCUGGAGCCAAGAUCCUUUCUUGACAAACUUUCAGACUACUAUUAUCAUGCCGAUCUGCUCUCAGUGGCCGUACAAGAGGAUGAUCCGUUCACACGUAUGAAGCAAGUUUCCAGAUGGUACCUGUCUGGGUUUUAUAAAAAGCCAAAGGGACUCAAGAAGCCAUACAAUCCAAUUCUUGGUGAAACAUUUCGCUGCUACUGGAGACAUCCCAAUGGAUCACGCACUUUCUAUGUUGCAGAACAGGUCUCGCAUCACCCUCCAGUGUCUGCACUUUACGUAACAAAUAGACAAGAAGGAUUUUCUCUUACUACUACUGUAUUAGCCAAAUCAAAGUUCUAUGGAAAUUCGACCUCUGCAAUAUUGGAUGGCAAUGUUUUACUAACACUGUUACCUCGAGGAGAAGAUUAUGUUAUGAACAUGCCAUACGCUCACUGUAAGGGCAUUCUAAUGGGCACACUCACUAUGGAACUAGGUGGAAAAGUGACCAUAGAUUGUGAGAAGACUGGUUAUAGAACAGAACUGGAAUUCAAAUUACGGCCCUUUUUGAGUGGUGGUGAUGCCAACAACAUAAUAAGUGGGAAGCUCAAGCUAGGAAAAGAUACACUGGCAACUUUAGAUGGUCACUGGGAUGGUAAAAUAACUCUGACAGACAAACGAACUGGGGAAGAAGAAAUCCUCUGGCAUGCUACUCCUGAAGUGAAGGCACAGCGACUGGAGCGGUACACAGUGGCGCUGGACCAGCAAGGGGCAUUUGAAUCAGAAAAACUGUGGCAGCUUGUUUCAUUGGCCAUCAAAAGUGAUGAUCAGAUUGCAGCUACAGAGGAAAAGACUAUUUUGGAGGAAGCACAGAGGACUGCAGCGAGUGAGAGAAAAGCCAAGUGUGAUGAAUGGGUUCCAACAUACUUUGCUCAGGACCCAUUGAGUGGUGUUUAUGUUUAUAAACAUUCAGAUCUUCGCCCGUGGGACCCAAGAACAGAUCUCUUCCAAUAUGAGUAUAACUAUAUAAUAUCCACUAAAACAAGACAUAAAGCACCAAUGAUCAGAACUGCUUCUAUAGUCAGCGUGGAUCCUAAGUGUGAGGUUGUGCGGGUGGCUGGCGUUGAAGGAGUGCAACGCCUGAGAGGGGUGUUGGAGCGAGCAGAAGCUGAGGAGACCAGUUCAGGAGACCAUGAUGAUCAAGACACCCCUGACCAUCCCAGUGCUGUCCAGGGCUUACCUACAAAGAGACAAGCACAUUCCCAUUCCCAUUCCCAUUCCCUCACCCCAAGUGUUCUUGAUGCCAUGAAAAAAGUAGCCCACACCCAAGAGUCACUAUUAAUGGAAAUAAAAGGUGUGCGGCAGGACAUGGAUAUCUUGACUCGGCGGAUGUCAUCCAUGGGAAACCUAAGACACGGAGCAGCGCGUUUGGGGGCAUCUUCUCAGGAAAAUGGCAUCCCACUGUCUACCCAAUCCUGGGCAUCCAUUCUGGUAGCUCUUAUUUUGUACUCGCUGAUUCAGUGGUUGGUGGAAAGGCUGUGGUCAUAGCUGUGGGCAUUGUUUGCAUAUACAAGUUGUUAUAGUUUAUGUAUUUGAAAUUCAAGGAAUUUGAAAUAUAGUUUAAAUACAGUAUUACCAGAUUUUAUAGAAAUUUUGCCAUGGAAUUUUACCCUGGAUACAGAUGUAUAGUUCUUGUAUUUUGUAAAAUCUGAUUUUUUCUUUAAUACUUUCCCUUAUGUUUAUUUUAAAAAAUUUCCAGUAUUUAUAUGUAUGUAUGUAUGUGUAUAUACAGUAUAUAUAUAUACAGUAUAUAUAUAAUUUAUGGUGAUUUUUCCCGACUGGUUGAACAUUCCAAUCACGACUUACAUGCAUACAUUUUCAGAAUCAAAUACUGUACACAAUACUUAUCUGCAUGCCAUGACUCACCUUGUGAAUGGUAUACAUAGAAAAGACCUAGUUCUUAUAUUUAUGUAAUUCUUAUAGUACUGUACUUGCUUGCAGUUAACCCACCUUUUUCAUCAAUUAUCAGUUACCUUUGCCAUAACUAUUAUACAGUGCUUAAUACAUAAAGCACUGUAUAAUGUGUUCAACAUUAACACAUUCAACCAAGAGAUGCUGUUCCAAAAUAAUUUAUUAAAGAAAAGGUUUACUUCCAUUACCAAAUACACCAGUACUUUGUGAGCUUACUUCCGUUCCAAAUUCUACAUACAGCAAUCGGGAGCUUCCACUAUACUUAUGAACAUGCAACAUACUGUUUGCUGCCUAUAUCAAGACAUUUCUCUGCUUUUAAAUGACAAGCUAAUUUUCAUAACUUUUACCGUCUCUAGUUUAUGGAUUAUUUUAGCUCACCUCAGCAAUGAGACAGAGCUAUGCAAGUACCCCUGACAUCAGCGUUUGUUUAUAUCCACUUAUAAGAAAAGGUUUAUAUUUAGGCCUGCAUUUGUAGCACAUAAAGUCUCAUUAUCAUAGUUUACAUGGACAAUUUCUGUUUCCAUAAGUUGUAAAGCUGGUCCAACUUUAUUUGAAACAAAGACAAAGUUUCCUGUGAUAGCUGAUUGAAGGAGGUUUGUAAUCUAACUUAACUCUUUAUAAUCAUUUAUAUUUCAACAAGAGUAGACAUCUUUGUAGACAUAAUUUAUUCUGAUAAGCAGAAGAGAACGGUUUGAAUAUGAAACCCAAAUUUUCUGCCAGCUACUCUUCCUUGCAGUCAUCCAGUUCUAGAAUCUAUGCAGAUAACUUAAACUUGAAUUUCAUAUAUUGUAAAUUGACUUUAUAUAAUUAAACAGUAAGAGUGUGAUCUUGAAGACUAUAUCCUUUGUCCUUACAGCUAUUAUGCUCUUGUGCAUAUUACCUAGACUUUUGUCUCGUAUAUACCUUAUUACAAUUUUAGUAUGUCGGCAAUCCAUAAAAAAGUAAUUUUUAUGCUAUAUGUAUACCCACAAUAUUAGGGACAUAUACUCAUCAAACCAACUUCUUUGGCAUGACCAGGAUUAAAUGUAUUAUUUUCUGGGAAGGUCACUUCGGUAACUGGUGUUUAUGCCCUGAUACUGCUGAGCCAUAGGAUUGUAAGGCCCAUGUGGAAAACCAACCAGAAAGUCAAUGCGAAACAAAACAAACCACUACUUGAAAGAAAUAAAGAAGAUAAAAGUGAGUUUGCCACAGGUGAACAACUUGCCUAGCUGCCAUCAGCUAGCACCCCAGGGCAUCUGGGGUCCCAGUCUACUACUUGCCUAACUUGCUCAUUUGGCACUGUAUGGAUUACUUGACUUCUACUGGGACCCAUUUACAGUUUUCCCUGACACUACCUUCCUUGUCUGUGACACAGACAUUUAUGGACACUAGAGUUUAUGUUUGCCCUUUGUCCCUGCCCUGUGCAGGUACCCCUCUCCUUGUGUUCUUGCUCUUUCUAGGCAUUUCCCAGUCAUUUGCCACUUUCUUGUUUUUCUUCUUUUGAACAGCCCUUUUCUGCAGCUGUUUUCAGGGGCUGUUCAGCUCUUUACCACAUCCUUUUAUUAGGUGAGUGGGUUUGUGCUUUAAGCACCUAUUCCUCUGCUGCUAGAAAUAGGCUGCUAGGCCCAUGUUGGGUUGCUUCAUCCGUGUCCCUUUUAUAAGUGUUUUUGGGGUUGGGGUUUUGUGACGUUUGUUUAACCACUUUUCUUGCUCGUAGUACUCUUUGGCAUUUAAAUCAUCUGGCCCAUUGUCUGGUUCAGUUUGUUGUGUAGUUCUUUAUUGUGGCACUCUUGUUUCUUCCUGAUUUUUUCAGGAUUGCUGAUACAUUUUGACUAGUUGCCAUUAGGUAUCGCUCUUUGCGCACUCCUUGUGCUUCUCGGGUAUUUGCAUUGCUGCUGCACCCUCCUCUUAUUCUUGGGAAUGCAACUCGGCUCUCCUGAAAUUGGGGCUUGGGGCUCUCCUGGGGCCAAAUUUAUCAAGCUGUUAAACAAGUUCUUAGGAAAUUUUCUUAUCUUGUUCUUGGCUAUUACAUCAGGAUUCAACAAACUAUUUAUGAGCACCAAUGUUCCUAAGAACUUUGGUGAGAAAAUAUAAAAUACCAAAUCAUGAAAACAAAAUCCUUAUCUCUCCCCCACUUAGGCGAAUAUAUUGACCUUGUUGGGGGUGAGGUAAUGUGCUAUAAUACUUUUAGUAAUGUACUUUAAAUAAACUACUGAAAAUAAUUAAUGUUUUGUAGAUCCUAUAUUUAACAAUUAUAUUUAUACCUUGACAAUAUCAUAAAGAUUGGAAAGCCUGAAUUACUAAUUUAAUAAGGAUAAUACUGGCAACUACAAUAAUAAUAUUUACUUAUGCAGUAGAAUAUAUAUUAGAACCUGUUAGUGGAUAAUUAGUAGGUACAUACUUUUUAUACUGUAUAAGCUACUGAAGAAUUUGUAAAGCUUACCUUUACCCAUACUCAUUAAAUUUUUAAUUAUUUAAUUUAACUUAGUCCUUUAUGUUAAAAUUUUAAAUGUUUUGUCUCACAAAAGACAGAAUUACAAGCUACAUUUUAAAUCCGUUACCACUACAAUAUUUCUGGUUUAAAUAUUUAAAUAUUCUAAAUAUACAGUAUUUCUAAACGCUAGCUGUCUCCCUGUCGCCGAGUACCAAUGAAUUAUAUAAUUAACAAAUUCGUUAAUAAUGUUUAAAGUUUUAUAUGCCAUCAGGAAGAUAGAGAUACAGACGACCACAUGCUUUCUGGACACUACUUAUCUAGAUGUGUCAGUUAUUUGUUUUGGAUUUGUUCAAAUAAAAGUAGCAAUGGUGAGAGUGAGUGGCAACAAACCGCCACUAAUCACAGAGUUUGUUUUGGAUUGUGGUGCAGCACUGGAGAGUUCAUUUCCAUUAUUUUCUUGGUUAUUUCAGGAAAAUUUAUGAACAUCCUUCCACCAUGUCUACUACAAAUGCAAAUAAUUAGUCAGUGAUAGCUUCAACAAACAGAAAAUCUAAAUCUAAGAGAAAGCAUUAAGUGAUGACUUUGAGAAGAAAGAGUGAAUAAAGAAGGUGGGGAGUGUCAUCCCAAGAGAUGGGUGCACUUAGUACCAAGUGAGCAAGACAACCCUCUCAAAUAUUAAUAAGACUAGAUAGUCAGGCUUGACAUACUGAAAGGCUAGACAGAAUGACACGCUAGGUAGGCAGGCUGUCAGGCUAGGUAGGCAGGCUGUCAGGCUAGGUAGUCCAUUAGGAUGGACAGGCUGUAUACCUAACUGCCAGCUUAGACAUUGUCAAGCUAGACAGAAGGUUAGGAUAGACAGAAUGGACAGGCAGGGAACAAAAUCAAGUCCUCGAGUGGGUGGAGGGAGAUCACAAGUCAUCUUCCUACUCAAUCCCCUCACCCUGUCCCUCAUUCAAUCUUUGAGUUUUUAUCACCUGAUACACCUGGAUGCUAUAAUAUCUUAUGCCUUAAACUGUUGCAAAAAACAUUGUAUUUUCUUGUAUAUAUUGAAAUGAAUAAAUAAAGAAAUGGAAAUAUUGGGUACUGUCAUUUAGAAUAUGUUGCACGAGUAAGCACUGUCCACUUCCCGCUCCACCACCCUCUUACCAGUCUUCAACCUUUCCCAACCCCUCUCCAGCUAGUGUGAUUAACGAUCCCGUACCAGUCGUAUCUUACUGUGGGUCACUGUGGACGUGUUAGCCCCAUCACUCUCGGCAACAUUUUCAUCCUCCCAGUGACAACCACACCUGAAGUGCCCAGCACCCUUCACCUAACACUCCCAACACCCAUACAUUGACACCAAGACCUUUUUAUAUUUAUGACUACUACAUAAAAUAAUUGUCAAAUUUCCUCCAUCAAGCUGUCAAUUUUACUCCUUAGAUUUUCAGGAUGACUAAAUACUUAUUUUGUAUGCAAGAAGUUAUUCAUCAGGUCACAGCUCCAAGGUGUGUGGAUAGCAUGUGGUCAUUUGUAUAAGUUGUUAUGAUCUAUCACAGGACAUAUAACUUAUCUAAGAGCAAAGAUGUACAUAUUUUAAUGAGGGCUUCUUGCAGCGUCAGUAAAACUACCCAAUUCUACCAAAAACCUCCACUAGGCCUCUUUACUGCAAUGUUGGUGCUGAACAUAGAAUGUAAACAAACUAUUUUUGCUCUGUAAAAAACUCAUUUUAUAACAGACAAAAAUAUGACGCAGGUGACAUUUGAUCAAUGGGAGCUGUGAUUUCACAAAUGUGUGUUGUCCAGCUGAGCAGGCAAUGUGAUCAGCUAAAUGAUAGUAUGACUGUAACAUUGCUCAUCUUAAUUGUUCAAAAGAAAAUUAAUAGUGACCUCUGGCAAGAGGCGAGUAAAUCGGAGCAAAACCCUUAAUAAGUUUGCAAGAACCACCGUGCUGAAUUUUAGGUAGUUUUUUUUAACAGAGAUCCUAAAAAGCUUUGUGAUACAGCCAUUUAAAAAGAAAUCCAUGAUGCUUAUUGAAUCUAGAUCCUGAGUUUCCAGUGAUUUGUUCAUUUUAGCCUUCUGACAAUAUUUGUCUGUGUGGAAUGGGCAGUUUGCUGCUUUGGUUCUUCGUCCAUAGCUGAUGUCUGGGCUUUAGGAUAUUGGUGGUCAAACAGAAUGUUGGUCCCAUGCUACUUAUUGAAUUUUCCACAACUUCUCCAUGCUUGUGUGGCACUUUAGUAGCUGGCAUACUGCUAAUGCUUCCCUAUUCUCACCAGAGUCCUGUUCCUCUCCAAUACCUUACCUUGGGGUGAUUCAAAGGAUCAACAUCCUGAUGGCCUGGUCUCUGAUCAGGCCUCCUGGUUGGUGGUCUGGUCAACCAAACUGUUGGACAUGGGUGCUCACAGCCUAAUGAAUGAAUCACAGUUUGGUUGAUCAUGUAUCCUUUGGAGGUGUUUAUUGAGUUCUCUCUUGAACACUGUGAGAAGCCAGCGAGUUGUGCUCCAUAGGUAAGCCAUAGGUAAACUCUUAGCUUUUCUUAAGUUCCUUUUCAACAAAGCCUUUUUCUUCCCUGAGCUACCACUGUGAGUGCUGUGAAGCCACUGAAGGGGCCUUCCCAGAAAUCAUGUGAAGUGAAAUGAAACACUUUUAUGGAAGACACUCAAUAGUUCCCCCUCCCCACCCUGUCUUUUCCUCUUUUUCUGUGUUUUGUUUUUCUUAGUUGGAUGAAGUUGAAGCUUGGGGCUUGUGAGCGAGGUUGGUGGUGGCUGGGCCCGAUCAGAUGCCCCGAGUCUAUCUGGUAGUGGUCGGUAGUGUGUUUUCCGUGGGUAAAUUACUGUAGCCCUGUCAUUAACCUUAUUUUCAUUUUUUUUUUAAACAAUAGUUUAUCAUGUUUCAUAUUAAUAUUCUAGCUGGUUAUUCACGACUCCACUCGCUUCUUUCAGAAAGUCAGAUUCUGAUCCUGGCCUUGAUAGGUGAGCAUGGGUUUAGAGGCCUAGUAUGAUCCUGAGGCUUAGUGGUACCAGGGAAGUAGAGAGCUACUGAGGGCCUUCCCAAAAAGAGGCAUAUCUUUUUAGCUGUAUUCAACACAUUAAUUUGUUGUGCUUUUUAUCUUGCUGUUCUUUAAAAUACAGUACUAAGAAUUGUUAACCAGAGUCCAUUGCCAUGUAAUGAUUGCCAAAAACACAUUCACCUAUUUUCAUUUCAUAUAUACACUACAUAUAUAUUUAUUUUAUUAUUGGGUGUAUGUAUUGGGUAUUGAAUUAUAUUUAUAUAGUGAAGACUGUUGAUAAGAUUGGUAACUAUAAGACCAGUGAUUAAUUGCUUUAAACUAUACCUGCAUACUGCCUGUCAGUUUUAAUUAGCCAAUGUCUGUAGCUGUCUUUUUCUACUUUAAGCAUCCUCUUAGACAGUCUAUCAGUAUUAAGGUAAGAAGAGACUGUAAUGAUCUCCUUUCAUAAAUUUAAACUGUAUUUUCAUGGACACUAGGCCUAUUACUGAGUUUCCUGAUGUUGCAGUUAAGGGAUUAGUGACUUUUUCCAGUACAGUAUGUAUAUUUAUGUAUAUAUCUCAAGUGGUCCUCAUACCAGUUUUGUUUUGAAUAACUUUUCUUUCUGUGUUAUGCAUUAGAUAUAGCAUUGUUUAUAAGUCAUGAGAUCUGAUGUAUAACCUUUUAUUCUCACUACAUUUUAACAAUACAAAAAACUGAGAUUAUUUCAAGCGCAAACUUUGCAUAGUCAAUGCAGUGCACACAAACACAAGCACACACAUACAUACAUGAGCAACAUGAAUGUAAGGAAACAAUUCUUCAGUGUAUGGGUUUUAUGCAAAUGUAAUAUAUGAGGAAAGAAAAUUAUAGCCUCUAUACAUAGUAUUCAAACCAGAGAGAAACAAAGAAGUCAGGAGUCACUGCACCAGAUGACUGACAGUUGGCAAGGCAGGGCCCAAGAGUUAAAGUUCUACAAACAUUGUGAGGUACAGUACAUACACUUGCAUGCACGCGCACACACACACACUUUCAAGCGUAAACUUUGCAUGGUCAAUGCAGUGCACACAAGCACACACACAUGGUGAGAAGGUGGUGGAGGCCAAGACCGUCAGUAGUUUCAAAGCGUUAUAUGACAAAAAAUGCUGGGAAGACGCGACACCACGAGCGUAGCUCUCAUCCUGUAACUACACACACACACACACACAUAUACAUACAUACAUACAUAUACAUACAUUCAGUCAUCUUUGUGUACAGGAGUCUUGGCAGAUACAGUAUAUGGAAAAAAGACUUAUUUCAAUUUUGUAAGUAGUAGAAUAAUAUGCCUUUCAUUACAAUACAAGGCAUAUUAAUUUGUAAACUUUGCAGUAGUCAAUUAUAGAAAAAUUUAAAUACAGUAACUUGAAAAUAAUAAUGUCAAGAUAAUAUAAAUCUCCAAAAAAAACAAAAGCCAAAAAGAACCUCAAUCAGAUUUACAUGGCAUAUUUUAGUUGCUAAAUGACCAUUGUAUUUGUGUAUACAACUUUGACCCGUCUAUAAUUUCAGCAAUUGAUUUUCAGCCUUCUCCUUUAGCCAUGUCUGAGGCUUCACACACAAGCCAGUAGUGAUACAGACAUAUAGUUGAGUGUUGCUGUUUGUGAGGGUUUUGAUGUUAUUAUCACAACUUGAAUUAAAUCUCUUACACAACAAUUUAGUCUGUUGACCAUAUUGUUCUAUAAUAGAACUUUUAAUUUUGUAAAAUAAUGUUGUAGUAAUUAUUUUGAAAUAAUGAAGGCUAGUUAAAAUAGUAUUAUCAGGGAUUUGUGAUACAAGGGUAAUACUUUACUGAUAUGGUCUGAAGACAUGGUUAGGUAUAAAUACUAUCACCUAAAUGAUAGGGAACCGGCAGAUCAAAUCUUGUAUAUAUUUAAUCAGUAAAGUCUGGGACCUGACAAGGUUAUAAUUUUUUAUAUUUUUUUCUAGAGGGAUAAAACAAACAUGAACAGAGUAGUCAUGUUUGGAAUAGAAACUUUAAUGUGAUGUGUAGUUGUGACUUGUUAAGGUAGAGUUUUGUUAGGCACUAGAGGGAGCAUAGAGCAGCCAGAAUAAAGAGUGUAAAUAUUAUCAUGUGUGUAACUUGAAGUGACCUGGCAAGUGAAAUGAGGACUUCAUUUAGAUUUAUGAAAGAUAAGUUCUGUAUAUGUACAGAACUUGAAAUUGAAAGUAUUACAUGUAGUUGUGAAACUGAAAUGUUAAAAGUUGAUAGUCUAGAACUAGGAAAAAAUGAUGGAAUACAAAAAUAAUUUAAUUUGGGUGAUAAAAUUAGGAUACAAUACUCGAUGUCAUGAACAGUGCCUUGAUGGAUAAGAGUAAAAAUGUGCUCGACUUGUGAUACUAGAGGCUCUGCACUCUCCAUCCUGUAUAGAGACCUUUUUGAAAAAAAAGAGAUGGAUAAUUAUGAGAUUAGGAUAAUGGAUGACAAUAAGAUUUGUCAAAGGCUGUGCAAAUUAGUGAUAAGACGACAUUACUGACAGUGAAGGAACCAUUGGCUAAAUGAAUGGAGUUAUUUGAUGAAUGGGAGAUGGAGUUGAGAUAUUACUGAGAGUAAUGUGUAUGUUAGAUAUAUGCCGUCAAGGAAUGUGUAGUGAUGGAUAAUAAACUCAACAUUUGGAGGUUACAAAAUAAUUACUCUGUAUAUGCUGGAAGAUAUACUGAGAAUAUACUUAUGCAGAUUUGUAACCAUUGGUGACACUUUGGUGAUCAUAAUUUUCUGAGUUAGUACAGUAUUGUAUUCCUGAUAAAAAUAAAACAUUUUGCAUUAUAGAAAUUUAAUUACUAAGUUUGGAAAGAUUUUAUAUCGGUAUACUGAAAUCAGAUUUUCAGUUGAAAGAAAGUUUAAAAUGUGUACAGGAUAUAUUUAAUGUUUUGUUGGAAAUUUAAGCAUUUUGUUAAAGGAAGCAGCUUUGGAAAGGCCCCUCUAUAAUUAAUAUCUGUGUAUUGAAUAGUCAAUUAUUUAUAUGUACAGUAUUUAUAAUGCUAACCCGUAUGUUGUCAGAAAUUUGUACAUAUGUCCAACUUCAAAGAUGAAUAAUUUUUUGACAAGAAGGGUAUCAUUGAAAGAAGACAAGGAACCAUUUGGAAAUUGUAAAAAUGCCAUAUUUAGGUGUUAGCACCAGGCUAAUGAUAGAAGAGUAGUGACUCUAGAUGCACCCUGAAACACAGUAAUCACUAGGCCAGCAAGUAUCAACUUUUGAAAAUGUCAAUCUUUUAUGAUCUUCAAUUAUAAGAACGACUUAAGUUCAUAGUUGCUGAUCUAAUCCUAUUUUCUACAGAUGUUCUUCUUACAUGUGUUUGUCAUCAAAUAGCUGCAAGACAUUUAUAAUCAUUGCUUUUGUAUUUCACGUGCAAGUACAGUACAGUACAGUACAGUACCAGAAAUCUUUUAUUAUUGUGCCAAGUCCUGUUUCAUUAUAUACAAUGGUGAUUUUAAACAAUGGUGAGUUAUGUUAAUUAUGUUUAAGAACAUAGUGCACAAGUUCCAAGAUUUAUAGGCCUUAGCUGGUUAUCAUUGAUGAAGAUACUUCAGGAGCUGAGAAUUGAAGUUAUCAAAUGUUUUGGUUUUAGUAAAGAUGUUCAUAACUAAGUGCAGUGUAUACAUUCCGUUCAUCUGACUUAAAAUAUAUACUACUUCAAAUACCACUGAUCAUGCAAUUUAAUCAUGACCUCAACUACAGCAGUCCAGUUGUGUACAAAUUUUUGGAAACUAAAGAAAAAACUGCAGUAAUAUUAUGCAAAAAGAGUUAAAUUAAUUUAUUCAUGUAUUUAAAUUAAAAUUGAUUUAAAUUGAUUUAUUGAUGUGUCGUAUAUCCCAACUGAAAUUUAAACCAUGCAUUUUUUAAAGCUGAAAAUGCUAAACAAAAAAUAAAGGAGUACAUUUAUUAACCUAGAGAGACUCAUUGUUCUCACAAGGUGAAUAUUGUCUUGGUAACAAAGGUUGAAAUAGUCAAGAAUCUCAGUUGUUUAGUUUGGAACUAAACAAAGAUGAUGUAAAAAUGUAGAAACUUUCUAUUAAAUUUUAUAUAUAUUGUUAAGAUACUAUUAAGAUUAAAGUAGUCAUCAUAGUGUAACUAAAAAAUAUAUAAUUACAACAAAUGCUGAAUAAUAAUUGAUUUUUGACUAAUAUAUAUUGUACCUUACAAUACUUUUCCAUCCUUUCCAAGCGGUUGCCUGCCCAUGACAUGAAAAUGGGAACCUGGUUAGUGACAGUAUAAUUUUGUCUGAUAUAAUCUAUAUAAUGUCAUAAAUAAUGCAAUAAGUGAAAGAUGUAUUGUCCUUCCCAAACAUUGUGCCUAUGGUAUGUUUCCACACAGGUAUGCUGUUUGUUGACAACUAGUAAUAUAGAACCAAAUUUAAUAUUUACAAAUUAUGUCAUACUGAUAUGGUUAUCACUAUAAGGUUACCUCACCAUCUUGAACAUAGGAAUUACAGUAACCAAAGUAUUGUUGAAAGUUUUUUUUUGUAGUUGAAUGAUGUUUUAUUCAUGUGCAAGAGGCAUAUGACAACUAGGUGAACAGAUUAAAAAAAAAAUGGAGUUUAUGAAUGUUUUGCAGCUUUGAAUAGGACCAAAAUAACAAAUAGUGGAGAGAUCUACCAAUAGGAAAAAUUAGGACAUCAGGAUUGUAUUUUUAUUUUGUAAUUGUUAAAUUUUCAAAUUAGUUGCUCUAAUUAGAACUUGGGUCCAAUAUACCUAGUUUUAUUAAUUCUAGCAUUCACAAGGCUACAUUUGUUCAAAUAGAUGAUUUUUUAGUUUUUUUACAUUGUAGGCAAGGGUACUGUUUUAGGUAAUGGUUCACAAAAAUUAUUUACCACAAUGUAUUUAAUCACAAUAGCUUUAUUUUUUCUUUCACUUUGACAUGCAUGGUCUUCACAUAUAAAACAUUCUUGGCCUCUCUCCAAGUUUGAUUGCUCACAAAAAUUUUUAUUUUCAAGUUUAUCAUUAAGAUUGGUCAUGAAUACAAUUUGUACUUCUCAUCCCCAAUUGGGUACAGCAUUAUUAAGUUUUAAGAGUAUACUGUUGCAUUUGUGUACAUCAGGAUCUGCAUGUUUUCAGUCAGACAAUUUUUACUUUUGCUAGUUUUGCAGUAGUUCUAAAUAACCAUCCUGUCUUAGUGCUUUCAUUUGAUAAAUAUUCACCAUUCUAAUGUUUGAAUGUGUCUUCUCAUUCUCAUAAAAUGUUAAGACCCAUCUUAACACUUUCGCGUUCCCAUUGCACGCCCAUGAACCCACCCAAGGUGGGUUUGGCGAUUCGUACCAGGGCCUGUGAUUCCUGAGACAUAUAUAUACUCUUUCCAGUGUUCUGACCUCAAUUUCCGAGCUACAUCGUUCAUUUUGGCAUAAAAUUGUUCACAAUCUGUAGGCACGCAUUUUAAAACUAGUCCCAUAAUAAUCAAAUAAGAAACGGAAUUUUAAGCAAAUAUUACAAAUUUUGGACACUCAUCACUACACAAGUAUUUAUAAUAUUUCCAGUGUUCUGACCUCAAUUGUCAUGCUGUCGUUCAUUUUGGUAUCAAAUUGUUCACAAUCUAAAGGUGUGCAUUUUAAAACUAGUCCCAUAAUAAUCGAACAAGAAAUGGAAUUUAAAAAAAAUAUUUAAAUUUUUGAUGCUCAUCACCACAAAAGUAUUCAUAAUCUUUCCAGUGUUCUGACCUCAAAUUGUCAUACUAUGUCAUUUAUUAUGCGAUCAAAAUGUGCAAAAUCUAAAAGCACUCGUUAUAAGGCCAAUCCCAGAAUGAUCGAAUACAAAUUUGAAUUUUAAUGAAUAUUUUAAUUUAUAACGCAAUAUGCGUGAUUGGCAUACGGGUACAUCCGUGAGAAAAUGUUUUGACGCACUAUGCGUGAUCACCGGGCGAAAGUGUUAAUGCUGUACAAUGAAAAUGCAGUUCACAAUUUACUGAUGCUAACAACUGUAUUAUGCCGCAGUUUUCAUCAAAGAAACAAUAAUUAUUUUCUUUUACAUAGAGACAUUUGUUCAAAGCAUAAAUCUAUAAUUCUUCGGUUAUUGAUCAGUGGAAUGUAAACAUUUGAAUGAAGGUAGCUAAGAUGCUCUGCCAUAAUUGGGGAUCUGAGACAAGUAGUGUGUGAAGACCAUGUAAAAAUUUCACUUGCAACUUUCUCUUAGGAUUUACUAUUAUUCAACAUUGUGCAGCUAAACUGUUUUUAUUUGCAUUUAAGAAUUUUGUUUUGGUCCAAAUACAGUAUAGUACAUACCUUUUCUUGAAUACUUAGCAUGACAAGUAUAGAAUAAACCCCACACAUUCUCAGUGAGGGCUGGCCCACCAGCCAUAUUCAAAACAAUUGCUGAUUAUUCUUUAUCAAAGCAUACACAUCAUCUCCCAUUGCAACACCACUCACCGAUGCUGCCACACACAAACAAUAAAGCAUGCACCAAGUGGAGUUGCUGGAAUACAUUCCAUCUCCAGGACACAAGGAACUGGGUUCAGUUUGAGAGCUGUUAUACUAACGUUGAACUGACCUCUCAAAUAAAUUGAGCCACUGCAUUCUCUUGGGAAGCAGUGUAUAAUUAAUUUGUAGUCUUGGCUGAUAAAUUGCCCAGGUGUAUAGGCAUGAAAUUUCCUUGGGUCAAUUAUCCUGUCAAGACACGUUACAAAACCAGUAUGGUGAGUAUGUACUCAUAUACAUAGUCGACGUACUUUUCUGUGUCAAGUAGUAAAACUAUUUAUUUACAUUACUGUACUAACUUUGCCAAAUUUCUUAUUAUUAAUAAAGGAGGAGAGACUGCCUCUUGGAUUAGCACUACAUAAACAGUGAAGCUGUUAAGAACAAAUACACCCUCAGGCAAGCACUGGUUUUUAGCCCUGCUCCAAUUUGAAUACCAAAAACAAAUUAUUUCCCAAUUUAGCGAGAUUAAAAUACUGUACUUGCAAAAUGUUUAUGUAUAUUAUAAUAAUAAUUUAUUAUUAUUUUCAUCAGUAUAAUGAACUGAUGAAAUCAUUUGAUAUGAUACAAAGUCUCAAGACUAUUUAUCCACUUUACAUCAUGAGAAAAAAGUAAAUCUUUAUAUUUUUGUAUCGAAAUAACAUGUGUAUGGUUACAUCAACAAUCUUAGGUAAAUUUUGGCAUAUUUGAUGGCUUAAUUGCAAUUCUAUAUAGCAUUACAGUUGCAUGUUUACUUUGUGUUGCCAGUCUAUAUGCCUUGCAUAUUAAAAACACUACCGUAGCCAAUCUGUAUUAUUCAUACUAGUAUCUCCCCUUACAUAGGUAUAAUUAAGUUGUGCCAAAACUUAAUCUGUUAAUAGCUAUGGCUUGCAUUGUCUUAAUGAAAUGUUUGGCUAUUGCUACUGUUUUGUUCCAGAAUUAUUGAAUCUUGUGCAAUGUUAUUACCAGAAUAUUUGAUAACUGGUAAAAUACUAGUUACCAUCUUUUUGUCAUAAUGAAAACAAGAUUAGAAGCACAUUUUCAUAUAACCUGUUAUGCAGUACAGAAUUUAUGCUCUUAUAAAUUUUAUGUAGUUUUUAAUAUCAAACUGUGAUUGAAACCGUAUGCUUUGUUCUUGUACAUUCUAAACUUAUUCUGUACAGAAAUUUGGUAAAGUAUAUGAUAUACUGUAGUCA